GAUCAUCUCACACCGGCAGCACUGAUGUGGGACAGCUGACUGCAAGCGUGAGCAGGGAGCAAAGUCUUCAGUAUCUAUACGUACUGCUUCCCCACCUUCAGCACAUCUGUGACAUCUCCAUGUCGGGCACCACCACUUCCCAAAACCCCGCAGAACGACAAGACAUCCACAAGUCAUGCCGAACACUUGAGACACUCGUGAAUAUGCUUAAUGACUAUUGCGAAGCUGCAGGGGCUAUCGUUGCACUACAGAGGAAGUUCUCAAAGGCUCUCAAGGAAGCUGCUGUGCUCAAAACCACUAGUGAAAUCGCAGGCAACGCUUUGAACGCUAGCGCGAGCAUAUUCGACGUCCUCUCCGACGUCGACGCCAAAUUCGCGAAGAUAGCUGAUAAGGAAUGCGACAGCAUCAGUUCAGAGAUGAAAAAAUGGUUGAAAAAGCUCGCAAAAGAAGAGAAAAAUCACGACGAACGUAUGAACGAUUCAAACGCUCGCAUCAAAUAUGCUGGUCAGGCAUACGAGAAGAAGGCUAAGAAGAGCGCACGCGAUGCUGGGGAGGAACACGCUCGUUAUGUCAAUCUUCUCAGCGUGCUUGGUCCUGAGAUGUCUCAGGAGAAAUACAAUCAUGCGGUGCUAGUGACACAACAGCACACGUCAACUACGUAUAGCGUAGCAGCCUGCCUCUCGAGGGUUGCGGAUGCAGAAUGGAUGCGAACAUGUGAAAGCAUCCGCCGAUUCUCCCCAUCUAUUGGACCGCUCGGCGAAUGGAGAGCUCUCUGUGAAGGCGCAUGGAUGGGUCCCCUUCCUGACGACCUACCGGACGUAUCACCCGCACCUGCUCAAAUUCCUUUUCCGAAUCGGGUUGUUACAGAAUGGGGUCAAAACAUCCCCCCUGCCAAACAACAAUACCAAGGUUCGCUCCCCUUUCCCUCACAAAGCAACUCCGUCAACCUCGAACGCCCCCACCCACCAUUCAGCUCCAACGAGCAGAACCAGGGUUCUAUAAACUCAAUAACGACUCUCUCCGCGUUCCCCUUCCCCCCGACGCAUUUCCCCGUACCUCUAGCUGCCAACGAAGCAGAGCUGCAUCGCCAGAGAACGCAGAUGCAGAGUUUGCAAAUUCCCCAACCAAAUCAAACGGCUCAAUCGACCUAUACCCUAUUAUCGGAGUCUCCACAACCGAUCGAGAGUGCACUUUCUGAUACGCCUACGCUCGUUGAUAGCUUCAAGUCGCCUCCUGCGUCUCAGGGACAGAUUACGCCUUCGUCUUCGCAGUAUACGUACUCUGACAACCACAUCGAAGAGAGAGUUCUGCAGGAACAAGUUGGAUCGAUGAUAUCGACGGGUAGCGAGAAUAAGAUUUCAGAGCAGUCCCGCGAGGAAGCAAGACCUUGUCGACCGUCCCUGAUCGCACGAGCGACUUCAAGCGAGAAAACACUGAGCAGCAAGCAACCUGAGCAUGCCCCUCCUUCAGAGCGCGAGUUCGGUGCUUCAGUGGAGAGCCGCAGCGCAUUCAAGAGUCGAAGUAUCGAUGCUGCCAAGAAGACGCUUGAGCGCACUGACAGUUCUGUUAGCAAUGGGAGUAUUGUUGCAGCUAUGCGCAAUCGAUACAGUCGUACGAUUGAGCCUUCUUCUCUGGUGCCGAAAGAUGUACCACGAUUGCCUAUGAGCGUUUCAGACCUGGCUACAAGGUAUCAGCCCAUCGAUGAGCCCAUGACUCCUCGACGUUCGCCGACCGUCGAUAGACAUGUGGUCAAUCAGGACCCUCCUGCUUCCCAAGCCACGCGUGACAUUCCUAUCGGCGAAGAAGAUAUUCGAAGGCGGAGGCAACGCAUCGAAGAACUCGCAGAACUAGAGCUCAAAGAGAAAGAAUACGAGCUCCGACAGCGCGAGCGAGAACUGAAUCAGAAAACGCGCGAUUUCGAGCGCGAUCGAAUGCAUUUCCUCGACACACGAGGCGAACUUAUCAGUACAAGUACGAGUGACGUGCCAAAAGGCCCUCGUGCGACACCAUUCCAACACACACGCGGCUCGCAAAGUACUUCACACCUCGUACCACUACCGAGCUCGACUCCACCACAACGUGGUUCUCAGUCUCCAUCGCGCUCCCAACCGUCUACUCCUCUACCCACAAAGGACCACGCACCAUUCUGCGGCUGCGUUACUUGUUCUGUUACCAAAUACAAGACACCAGAGGCUUCGCCCUCCCCUCGCGAUCUGCGUCCUCCAGAGCCUCCCAUUCUCUUGCGCCCCGAGAAGCCUAGGGGUUGGAUACGGCGGCUGAGCAUGCCUGCUGUCGGCGCUGCAUUCUCGUUGGAUGUGAGGAAGAAUGCGAGCGCUACGACUCUCAAGUCUGGUUUGCCGUCUCAUGUUGAUAAUGGGAGACGGAGGAAGCGUAGUUUUGAUCAGGGCAUCAGUAAUCGGAGCGUUGGGAUGGUCCGUAGGUAGCACGGCGUGUGCUUGGAUUGUUUCAUUUUCCUUUUUGGAUACUGGACUUGUGCCUCAUUUGCUUGCUCUGCAGUUGAAUCCCUUCUCGUGGGUUACUUACGACCGUGCACACUAUGAAUCAUGAUCGUUUUGGUGCCUCCUCUUGCUGUGAACAAUCGCGCUUGCCUGGACUGACUGGGUA